AUGGGCACAAAAUCUCUCAGUGUUCUUGGCAACGAUGGGGCUGGCAAGAAAGCCCUGAUCGGCAGCCUCAUUUACAAGUGCGGACUUGAGCUUCCCCAACUGAAGCAGCUGGAAAGUGAGGGGAUUAGUCAGUAUGAGAAAAUUGUACCAUUCUUCGAGAAAAAUGGACGUGCUCAAUCCUUUUACGCCCCUUCUGGAACCUUUACUGUUCAGAAAAGACAGACACCAGAUGUUGCUUUCUGGGUUGUCGAUGCUUCCGAUUCAUCUAGCUGGGGCCCAUCUGCCGAGAAACUUUCAGUGACGUUGUCCAGUAGUAUGGUCAACCCACGAGAGAAACUCGUCAUAGUAGUAAACAAGAUGGACUCAGUCAACUGGUCUGAACAGACGUUCAAAGAGGUUGUGGGCGCAUUCAGUUCGGUCGAUCUGAACAAUCGUGCUUAUAUUAUCCCGGUUUCUGCCCUUCGAGAAGGAGGAAACAUACUCCCAACCCCCGAAGCGCCCUCAUGGGUACAGAACUUAUCUACUGACCAGUUUGGGGGAUCCGCAUCAGUCUCGGGUGAAUCGUUGAUGAAUCUUCUUGGGUGA